AUGGAGAAGUUUAGGAUUGUAACUUCUUAAAUGUUAUUGAAAAUUCUAUUAAAGAACAAAUGGGAAUGUAAGAUUAAGGUGCAAUAAUUACAAUAGUUCAAUACUGCUAUAAUUUAUUUUGGAAUGGAUCUUAUUGUUAAGAAAAUGUAGUAUGGUAUGAAUAGGAAUAAUAUUGCAAAGAUAUAUCAAGAUGUAAAAAAGUAUUGCAUAAUAAUAAUAAUAGAAUUAAAUCACAGUAAAUAACAGUCUAAAAUUUGGGGCUCUUUAAUCAAAAGAAGUAAAUUGCUUAGCAGGAAUUGGGCAAUCUAGUAUUUUCAGCCAAUUCUAUAUAGUUUAGAAGAAUUAGAGAAAAAUAAAUAAUCAUCCAACAGGAAUUUAAAAUUAGACAACAUAUUCCUGAAAAAGAAUUAAAUACUGACUUUAUACAAUUUUUGAUACAUAAAAAUAAUUGA